GCCCGGGGGGGGGGCCGGGAGCACCCCAGCGGGGCUCGGGGGGCUCAUCCCAAGGGCCCCGGCCUUUCGGGACGGGAGCGUCCGGCGGAGCAUUGCCCUUUUAAGCUGUGGCCCCACUGCCUCCUCCCCGACUCCCGGAGGGGCUCCGGCAGCCGCGACCUCCGUCCCUCCUCCCUCCGCCCUCCCCGCCCGCCUCGCUCCCGGCGGCGGCGAGCGGCAGCUGCGCUCCGUGCUGCGGGCGGGGAGAGCCCCGGGGCUGCGGCGAGCCGGGUUCCCUGUCCCUGCCACCCGUCCCUGCUACCCCUGUCCCUGCCGUCCCUGUCCUUGCUGUCCUUAGCUCGCUGCCUGCCCCGGCGCACUCGGGGACCAUGGGAUGCUGCACCGGUCGCUGCACCUUGAUUUUCCUCUGCACUUUGCAGCUGCUCGCCGCAUUAGAGAGGCAAGUGUUUGAUUUCCUGGGAUACCAGUGGGCUCCUAUCCUAGCCAACUUCCUCCACAUCAUCAUUGUUAUCCUUGGCCUGUUUGGCACCAUUCAGUACAGACCUCGCUACAUAGUGGUGUAUGCCAUCUGGACUGCAGUUUGGGUCACCUGGAACAUUUUCAUCAUCUGUUUUUACUUAGAAGUGGGAGGGCUUUCAAAGGACAGUGAGCUCUUGACGUUUAACAUCUCCCGGCACCAGUCAUGGUGGAGUGAAAAUGGUCCUGGCUGUGUAAGGAAGGAGGCUUCAAUGUCUGGCAUCGCAGGACUGGAUAGCCAUUCCUAUAUCUCUGUGAUAGGCUGUGCCCUGGAGUAUCGGUACAUUGAGGUCAUGCACAGUUCCUUCCAGAUCCUGAUCGCGUGUGAUGUAUGUUUCUGUCAUAUUAGAAAUGAAUGGACUCUACUUUUCCGGGUUCAUCAUGCAUCAUUCUGUCUUCCCAUAGACUGGUGGGUUUUGUCUACGCCUGUUACGUUGUUAGUGUUUUUACAGAAGAAGAAGACAGCUUUGAUUUCAUUGGUGGAUUUGAUCCAUUUCCUCUCUACCAUGUCAAUGAAAAACCCACCAACCUUUUGUUCAAGCAGACAUACCUGUCAAUUUCUCCAGCAGGUUUUUCAGGUAUGGAAGGAAGGAAUAAGUUGCUGAACACCAGAAAGGGUGAAACUGUCUCUCCUCAGCUCCUGCUUGCAAGGGUGAAGCUUGUGUUGCUAUGCUCAGCUUAUGACCGUGCAGUUUGAAGGGACACAAUUGUGCUAGCUGUAGGAUGUUACUAUAAGGAAACUAGUGGAUGGAUUUUUCUUUGAAGAAAGCAAAGAGAGACUUUAGCAACGAGUGCUGCCUGAGCAGGUACAGGUAGGAGCCAUGAGGAGGGAAGAGUCAGCCUCAGUGAAUGCUGAGAAUAAGUCAUAGCAAUAGCAGAAUAUGAUUCUCAGUCUUAAAGCUGAAUUAUGGUAUGUCAGGUCAAGCCUGAAUUACAGGGAUAAAAUAUAUGCAGUUGCUAGUUAUUUAAGCCAUACCUUAUCUCUGUGGGCAGUUACAGCUGAACUCAGACCUAUGCAUCAAUGCAGUCUUGGCCAUGUCUCUGCAAUCCUUCCAUAAUCUUCUCAUAAGGGCACCAUUAAAUUUGACUCUGUCUUGCCUGCAGAGUCUCCCUGUAUCUGUCUGCACUUCUAGAGAUCUUGUGAGUUAUGAAACUAUCACAUCACCAAAUAAAAAUGAGUGUUAGACAGUUUGUACGCAGGACACGUUUGCUAUUAAGGUUUCAACUUAGUUGGAAUUCUGUUGCCUAGAAGAACAGUAACUUGUAUGCACGUGGCAUCCCAAGAGUUUAGUAGUGAGGGGGAAACAGGAAGGGCAGUCAUCCUAGCAGCUCCUCUUACACCAACAUGUUAGACAUUAAAUUCCAGCUUCUGCCCUCUGCUAAUCCCCUUCUGCUGCUGAAUGCACAAGAGCAUGCUUUCAUGCAGUCCACUUGAAAGCUGGUUAUUAAUGAGAUUCUCAAACAUAAAGGCCAGUAUUAUCUGCUUAAAGCAGCAAUGAGAUCUGAACUUCUGAUGCUUCUUACACCAAGCCGCAAGAAGGCAAUUCAAUGUGCAGAAAUUUUUAAAAGCAACCGCUAAGGGAGGUUGGUUUUGGGGAAUAAUGUUACCAGAGAGCUCUUUGAAAAAGUGUGAGGAUAGAAGAGAAAAUUGGGGUAGAGAGAAGAAAAACUACCUCAAAAUAGAUUUGUAGAUGUGGCCUUGUAAUGUAGUAAAAACUUACUUCACACUUUGUCACUGCAGCGCAAAACCAGGAGAACAAGUCAUUUCUGCAAAGCAGCUAAAUUCCCUAUAACUUUGAGGGUACAAUAGUAUUAUUAGCAAGGAUGCUACAGGAGAUUAAAUAUUGAUUUAUCUCUCAUUUUGUCACAGUGAGAUGGGAUUUUCCACAGUCAGCAGAAGCUUUGGAACUUCUUUAGGCAGCUCCAUGAUUUGUUAGCUUGACACAGUGGUGUAUUUUUAUAGUAUGACGUUUGGGUUGCUUUUGUCUUAAAAUGACAAUUAUGUUUGUUAAAAAAGCUUCUACAUAUACAUGAAGAUUUGUGUAUGGGAAGAUUGUAAUCCCCAUUGAGGAAACUAGAAAUGCAAAACUUCCUUAAAAGGGUCUUAAGUAAGCUACUAAUAAUUCUGUUCUUCAUUUCUGUUCUUCAGACCAUCACUCACAUACUGAUAGCUUCUGCCAGCACAGUAUAAUAUUUCUUUCUGGCUAACUGGAGGUGAAAACAACUGCUGAGGAGUAGAUAAGGUGACCCUCUAUAAAUUUCAUAACAGCCACCAAAUACUAAUUUUUAUUUAUUCCAGGCUAGCUCUUGCCUCUCUUCCAUAUGCAGGAGGGGGAGUAGGAGUGGAUAAUUGAUUUUCAACUAGUGAUGAGGGGGAGUUUUGCAGUAUGGGGCACUGAGGGCCGAAGGCCCUUGUCAUUUAAUAUAGUGACCAAAGACAUUUUAUAUCUUUCCAACAAGAUGCAAAACAACAAAUACAUCCAACUUCUUUCAAGUUGAAACUUCUAGAGCAGACAAGGGCAAGGAACACAUGCUUUCCAUUCUUUUUUUCCUUUUUUUUUGUUGACGGAAGCCCUGCAUGAAUCCAGAUUCGUUCUACAGCUACUGACUGAGCUAACUGGAGCUGUGAACUUAAGUUUCAUUUUAGGAUGAAAUUUGUCAGUAGGCAGCUUCUCCCCAGAAAUGGUCCUGUUGCCACAGUUCUUAAACAGGAUCACUUUCAUUCAUCCCUUGUCCAAUGGGAUUAUCAUCUUCGCACCAGUUUUACCUAUCCUUUUCUGACAAGAUCACAUUCCUUCUUCUUCUGACUCUGCCCUUUUCCUUGUCCUGGCUAACCUAUUUCUCUAGUCUCUUAUCUCUCCAAAUCUAUGGAUUUCCACAGAUGUGAAGGCCCCACAGAACAAUGACAGUGACCUAUUCUGCUAUGCAUAGCUUAAGUAUGAGACCAACCCCCCCAUAGUUUCUGUAAUGAGUAUACAGCCUAUGAGUUACAUAACUUUUAAAUAUACUCUCAAAGUUAUUAAAUGUAGACUGUUAUGUUAAUCUACUUCAGUGAUUAGCAGCUACUAAAUUCAGUAUUGGAGACAUGUACCCUAUUUCAAGCCUUCAGCUUCUACCCACUGCACUGAAAGAGAUUUUUAAAUACUUUUGCCUUGUAUUGAAAAACACCCCCCAAAACUAUAACUGGUAACUGGGCUGUGGUCUGGAAGUAUCUCUUAUCAGCCUGCUUUAUCUCUGACUCUACUACUGAACGUGACUUCAGUUCAGUUGCAAGGCUCCAGUUUAUGGAAAACCAAGCAAGUGGUCAAAGCCAGCUGUUAUUUUUACUGAAAAAAAACCUCAAACAAUCACUGAUGGUUUUGUACUACUGCUUACAAAGGCAUGAUUUAAAUAUGCUUCAUCUUACUUAGCCUUUCCACCACUCAGAGGGCAACAGUGAUGUUCUAUAAAUACAGCU